AGCGGCUCUCGGAGGGAGGACGGAUAAACGGCGCUGACCGUACUGGAUUUGACACCCGAAGGAGGGAGGGAUGUUACUGUGAUUUCCCUCUAUUCUCCCACAACACACACCUCCUCUUCUCCACCACCAAUCCUCUUCAUCACUUUUAUCUCGGGACCUUAUCGAGACGCACUGCUGUGCCGUGUUUUUCACACUCUUUUUAAUUCAUCCUUUAAGCCCUUUGGUUGUUUGUCCUUCUGCUUCUGCGCCCCAGCGGAUCAAAAAUAAGAGAAAGAGGAGAACCAAGCUGGUUCUGCAUUUCCCCCCCAAGAGCACACAGACAGGAAAAAACUGGGCUUUAAAUCAGUGGAUGGGUUGGACAUCUGAUAAAUACUAGUUAAGAAGUGAUCGUGUUCUAUUGGCUUGUAUGCACUGGCGAAAUUUCCCUGAAGAGACAGGGUGCGCGCGGAGUCUUUUACUUCCAAGGCAGAUCUGUGUCACUGUGAAAAGGAAAAAACUCAUCGCAUCUGACACCAGUAAUGAGCUAAAGGCUUUAUGACUGGAGGAGAGAAGGUGUGAAGGAAUUGUAAAAGGGAAGAAGAAGAGGAAGCAAAGCGACGAGAAGGGAGGCAGUAACGUGAUGAAUAUCCAUAGCUUCAGGCUUCAUCUCAGCCAAUGAACUAGAGGUUCAUCAACAACACUUCCUUAGCAAAACUGAAACAGAAAGUAGAAGGCGCGGCAAAGUUCACAGUUGCUCGGCUAGGGCAAGAUGGCGAUGCUGGUGAUGAAACGGCAGGGCCUUGGGCUGCUGAGGGCCUUCUUGGUGUUGGUGGGAGUUUCCGCGCUCUGUGGUGUGGCAUUAGGAACCCGGAAAGGAAAUGCUUCAUUGGAUCAAAGGGGCCACAGACACAGACAUUCAGGUCAUUUGUCGCCGCACAGACACAGACAGAGGACGGGGAAGGAGGGACAAGUGCUUCACAGGUCCAAACGAGGAUGGGUCUGGAAUCAGUUCUUUGUCAUUGAGGAAUACACUGGACCUGACCCGGUUCUGGUGGGCAGGCUCCACUCAGAUGUAGACUCAGGAGAUGGCAACAUCAAGUACAUCUUGUCAGGCGAAGGCGCAGGUACCAUCUUUGUUAUUGAUGACAAGACAGGAAACAUCCAUGCCACAAAAACCCUGGACCGCGAGGAGCAGGCCCAGUACACUUUAACAGCCCAGGCCGUGGCCAGAGACACUAACAAGCCUCUGGAGCCUCCAUCACAGUUCAUAGUGAAAGUUCAGGACAUCAAUGAUAACCCUCCUGAGUUUCUACACGGGCCGUACUAUGCCAGGGUGCCUGAGAUGUCCAAUGUUGGUACAUCAGUGAUGCAGGUGACAGCGACAGAUGCUGAUGACCCUACCUACGGCAACAGUGCCAGGCUGGUAUACAGUAUACUGCAAGGACAACCGUAUUUCUCUGUGGAGCCUCAAACAGGCAUAAUUCGUACUGCGUUGCCAAACAUGGACCGUGAGGCACGCCAAGAGUAUGAUGUCGUCAUCCAAGCCAAAGAUAUGGGGGGUCACAUGGGUGGACUGUCAGGGACCACAGAGGUUAAAAUCACCCUCACAGACGUCAACGACAACCCGCCCAAGUUCCCACAGAGCGUGUAUCCCAUGUCUGUAUUGGAGGAUAAAGUACCAGGAGAGGAGGUGGGCCGUCUUAAGGCCAAAGACCCCGACCUCGGAGACAAUGGGAUGGUGAACUAUCGCUUAAUAGAUGGAGAUGGAAUGAGCAUGUUCGAAUUGAGCACUGACUCUGAGACCAGAGAGGCUGUCAUUAAACUGAAGAAGCCGGUGGACUUUGAAACUAAAAAGACCUACACCUUGAAAGUAGAAGGAUCCAACCCUCAUGUUGACCCUCAGUUCCUUGCUUGGGGGCCCUAUAAGGAUGAAGCUACAAUUAAGAUAUCUGUGGAGGAUGCAGACGAGCCUCCUGUGUUUGUAGCUCCCAAUUACACUUUUGAGGUAGAAGAGAAUGCGCCUGAAGGCACCCCGGUGGGACGAGUCCACGCCAAGGACACUGAUUACGCCAACAAUCCUGUCAGGUACAUGAUACCUCGGUACACAGACAUAGAGCAGUUCUUCACCAUAAACUCUGAAGACGGCAUGAUUGCCAUCACGAGACCACUGGACAGAGAAGCACAGGCCUGGCAUAAUAUAUCUGUGUCUGCUACAGAGAUAGGAGGCCACCACCAAGACACCAAAGUGCGUGUUAACAUCAAAGUGAAAGAUGUGAACGACAACCCCCCAGAGUUUGCUACGAACAACGAAGUCCUCAUGUGUGAAACUGUGGUGCCAGGGAAGGUUGUUGAAACAUUAAGUGCAGUGGACAAAGAUGAGAUGGCUCACAGACAACACUUCACAUUCAGCCUCACCCCAGAAGUCGCCCAUAACCACAACUUCUCCCUCAAAGACAACAGAGACAGCACAGCCAGUAUCUACGUGCUCCGUAAGGGAUUCAGCCGUCUGACCCAGGAUGUUUACUACCUUCCCAUCGAGAUCAACGACAAUGGGUUCCCCGCUAUGAGCAGCACCAACACCCUGACCAUCAGAGUGUGCUCUUGUGACAGCAAAGACACCAUCCUUUCCUGUAACGUGGAGCCCUACGUCCUCCCUGCUGGGCUUAGCACCGGGGCGCUGAUAGCUAUACUAGCUUGUAUCGUCAUUUUGCUUGCAAUUGUGGUGUUGUUUGUUGCUCUGAGGCGUCAGAAGAAGGAGCCACUGAUCGUGUUUGAGGAGGAGGACAUCAGGGAAAAUAUUAUCACUUACGAUGACGAGGGAGGUGGUGAGGAGGACACGGAGGCUUUCGACAUUGCUACACUGCAGAAUCCGGAUGGUGCCAACGGUUUCCUGCCCAGGAAGGACAUCAAACCAGAGCUUCAGUGUCCCGGCAUCAGGCCCGGAAUCGGCCGUCCUGCCGCCAACAGCAUUGAUGUUGAUGACUUCAUCAAGACUCGAAUCGCAGAGGCUGACAGCGACCCGACUGCACCUCCCUACGACUCCAUUCAGAUCUAUGGCUAUGAAGGAAGAGGAUCAUUGGCUGGGUCACUGAGUUCCCUCGAGUCGGUCACAACAGAGUCUGACUUGGACUAUGACUAUCUGCAGAGUUGGGGGCCAAGGUUUAAGAAGCUGGCAGAUUUGUACGGGACCAAAGACUGCUCCAUUAAUGAUGCCGAUGAUGGUGAAGACUCUUAACAACGGUCUUACUGAGCAAACACACCCGAUUUCUGAUUUACUGAUUCCAUGAGGAUUUGUUAACUGAGGGUUAACACUCCACUGUUCCCAGUUGUCUUCAACUACCAAGUGAUCAGUUCAUGUCAAUUUGUCAGUGAAGGUUAACAGCUCUCCCUCCCAUGGCACCUCUCUGGUCCUCCAUGAUUUGUUAAUGAACACAUAGUGAACUCCCGGACUACAACCGCUCCUAGUUUUUCCUACAUUCCUCGAAAUCCUCCUGUGUCUCUUCUCCUGUCUCUGUUUUUACAGACUUGAGCAUUUCAGGGCUGGGAGAUUUGUUAGGUCAUAUGUCUGUCUGGAAGAAAAGUGCUGGGAAAAAAUACGGCUGUAUGAUCAAGAUGACUGGCUUACAGCAAACUGUUUAGUUUAGAGGUUCUAUAUACUUUUGUGGACUGGAUUCACAAAUGUCCUCAUGAGAGUGAUUUUAUUCCCAUAACAGGUUCCUAAGAUUUCCAUAGUUGCUCUCUUUGUGGUGUAUUUAUGUGACAUUGAGAGAAAGCGGAAGAUAUAAGCAAAUGAAAGAGGGAGACAGCAACUGCCUGAUGUUUUGAAAGAGAAAAUAGAGGUAAUGAAGAUGUGUCAGGGGAUCAAACAGUUGAAAUGCUUUUUCAAAUGUGUUGCUGUGUGUGCAGAAUAAGCAGGUACUUUGGUUUCGAUAGCGUGACAGACUCUGGGUUGUUGAUACUCUGAAGACGCUCACAGCAUCUUCACAGUAUGGUGGCCUUAUAAUAAACAAACAACAACUCCAGGGGUAAACACAACUAGAGUAAUGGUAGGGACCGCUAGCUUCAGUAGCUACACACAGAUAAACGAACAUACAAGGACUGAGUAUCUGUGAAAAUGCUACACACAUAUAUAUAUACAUUUUUUGUACUCCCAAGAAGAGAGACUCAACAUGGAUUCAACUUCACAUCUGUGGACGAUUCUUUGUUUUCAUUCUUCACUGCAUAGAAGACAUGAGGCUGUGUCCACGUCCUCACCCCCUGUGUCCCCAUUCCUUCCAUUAACAAUCACUUCCCAUACCAAAUGCACCAAUGAAUGAUCACUUCCUCAUUCGGAGUCCACCAAUGAUGGU